AUAUUGGCGUGGGAAUGCUGUCCGGAGCUGUGGCGGGAGCAGUAUUUGCGUCUCCUCCUCCAGGCAGUGUGCUAGCCGCCAUUCUGACUCUGUGGAAGGGGGGUGCUUCGGGAGUCCUGCUCAUCGUGAAGAACUACACGGGUGACCGCCUAAACUUUGGCAUAGCUGUCGAACAGGCCCGGACACAGGGCGUGCAUGUGGACAUGGUGAUUGUGGCUGAUGACUGCGCCUUCGCUCAGCCCAGCAAGGCCGGCAGGAGAGGCUUGUGUGGAACUGUGUUCAUUCAUAAGAUAGCUGGAGCUCUGGCAGAGAAAGGCUGUCCAUUGGAUGAAAUUGUUGCACGGAUGAACGAAGCAACAAAAAAUAUUGGCACGCUGGGUGUUAGUCUGUCUCCAUGCAGUGUGCCUGGAUGCCUUCCAUCUUUCCAGCUUCCACCAGGAGAGAUGGAGCUGGGACUGGGGAUCCACGGAGAAUCAGGUAUUAAGAGAUCAAAAGUGGCCUCUGCUGAUGAAGUUGUGAAAACCAUAAUAAGUCACAUGACUGAUUCCUCGAACAAAUCACAUCUGUCCUUGAAAUCAGGAGACAAGGUGGUGCUGUGUGUGAAUAAUCUUGGUGCACUCUCAUGUUUGGAAAUAGCUGUGGUUUCUAAAGUGGCCGUACACUGCCUAGAGGAGCGUGGUGUGCUGGUUGUCAGGGUGAUGUCAGGGUCAUUUAUGACAUCACUGGAGAUGGCGGGAAUGUCUCUUUCUUUAAUGAAGGUCGAUGAAGAGAUGCUCAGACUGUUUGGUGUUAAUUUCUUUUUUUUAAAUCUUACUGAACUCAAACUUUUGAACGGUAGUGUAUAUUUUUACCAAAAUACCUGAAGCACUUCAUCAACACAGUGGUGCUGAUCCACAGGUUCGCUGUCUUCAGUCAUUCGACUGGUGUUGGAGUCCGUGUGCAAGAUCCUCCUGCAGCACCAAGAGGAACUCAACGCUCUGGACCGUGCAGCAGGAGAUGGAGAUUGUGGGAGCACACAUGCUCUCGUAGCUAAUGCCAUUCAGGAGUGGCUCCACACUAGCAGAAUCCCUGGGAAUUUUGGCCAGCUUCUAGCAGAGCUUGCUCUGUUGGUUCAGCAAAGCAUGGGAGGAACAUCAGGGGCGUUAUACUGCCUCUUUUUGUCUGCGGCUGCCCCUCAUCUCAAGCAAAACUGUGAUGGUGCAGCUUGGGCAAAGGCAUUGCAUGCUGGGACAGAAGCCAUGAAGAGAUAUGGAGGUGCUGAACCAGGGGACCGGACCAUGCUUGAUGCCCUGUGCCCUGCUGUGGAAGAGUUGAUGAAACUUUCCACGGCGGUGCCUCCUGAUGGUCACAUAGCUAUACUACAAUCAGCAGUGGAGAAAGCCGAUUUGGGAGCGGAAGCAACCCGCAAUCUCACUGCAAGGGCUGGACGUGCCAGUUACGUUGCGUCUGAACAUUUGACCCAGCCUGACCCUGGUGCCGUAGCGGUUGCUGCCAUUCUGAAGGCUAUACUCAAUGCUUUGAAGGCCUAGAGAUAGAGAAGCUCACCAACAGUUUCUUAAGGAACAGUAAUGCAAAAGGCUGUAAACAAAACACGAGUUUGCUAACAUUUGAUUAUAGCAGCUCUU